UGAAUUUUAUCCACUUUUACGUGUGACCGCCAUCUGGGCUGUGAUAAGCCGUUGGUGUUUGGCAGAAAAUUAGCAGGAAACUAGUUGGUGUCAGCCACGUUCGAGUAUAUCCCGUCGACAUGUGCGGUAACCGGUAAAACGACUAAGAACUUAGUGAAGGUGCUGGGUUAACUAAAGACUGGGGUAACGAGGAGGCGUAAGAAUGCCACGACGGAAAGGCGCGUGACUCUUAGCCUCGCGCCAACCUUAGACAGAUCUUGAGGAUAAACAGAGCAACUAAACAGAGCCGGAGAAGUUGAAAUUAAAGGUACCCCCACGAGCCGCACGGGCAUGGGCGAAUUUAACCUGUACGAAAUUCGUUCAAUAGGGCGCCACCAGAUACAGAGCGCCCAAAGCAUUGAUUUUCAUCGUAUUUGUCUAAAGCCGAGUUUAGUCAAUUAAUCCUGUAUCUCUAUGCUAUCUUGUUUGAGUGAAAGGAUUUUACCGCUAGUGUUUGAUACUGUAAUAAUUUUAAGCAUUGAUAAGCGAUCAUGGGUGCGAUGUCGUGUGCCUGAUCACAAUAGCAAAGAUAUCUGGUAGCAGCAGUAACAGUAGAACAGUAGGAAUAUCGAGUACCGUUGCCUAUAACAACCACUGAAGUGUCACUUAAUAAAGAGCCAAUUCCGAAGUCGAAAGUGGUGAACUUCAAUGGGUUGAGGGUACCUGGCUUUGACUGCUGGCGAUCCGAAGCUCUGCAUCGCAGCGCUUAGCAACGCCUCUGUCGGGGACAACGAAGCUUUUUCCUUUUUGUAAGAAUUCGUUUUAACGCAUUUUGACGGCACCGACAGCAGAUUUGGAGUGGAAAGCUUUGUCUGAACACCGUCGUGAGCAUCAUCAUUCAGAAGGGAAGAUAAAUGUGAGGAGUGCUAUUGCUGGCUAUUGCGAAGAUCAGUUCUGCUGUCGAUUUGUCAGCUUGCUGUCUGGCCAUUUUACUGUCGUCCUGUCGGCGAAGUGACCCGGUUUAGUUUGACCCUCUCUUCUUCCGCGGCAGAGGCGGCCGUAGUUGUGGAUACGGCAGCGAUGACUGCUGGAGAAGCGCUGAAGACAGCCCCAACGUCUGCAGAAGGAAAUUUUUCUAUAAAAGAAGUCAGCGAAACGUGUAUAGGCGAGAGAAACCGAAGCUGUUACAUGCCUUUGUGUAUGUGUGUAAAAGUGAAGCGUGUCUGUGUGCUGCAUCGUUGACUGUGCGUGCAUAUGUGCGUAAGAACGUCCCCGAAAUAUAAAAGGCAGGCGAAAGUAAGAAAGGUGCGGAGAAUACAUCGUACAAGUGGGAGAGCUCAACGGAGAGCAAUAGGCGUUGGCGAGAGUGCAAACUAUGUAAGAAAACGUAAAAGAACAUCUGACAUUAGGGAAGAGCGAAAGCCCACGGAAGGAAGUGUGAAAUGAUUGGCGAAUAGGUGCGUUCCCCACGACAAACGAUCACAGGUACAUCUGAAAGCGUGUAAGAUUUACACAGAUUCCGCUGAAGAUUGUUCUGGUGACUGAUCUAGAACAAAGCUCUCGACGCGUGAUCUGGCCGUACGGAGAUGCUUCAGUUGAAAAAGAUGGUGGCACUUGCCGCCCGUUCAAAUUCGACUUUUGCAACCGAAGCCUUUUCCCCUGCUGCAAUUGUCACAGCAGCGUGUGCCGGUAAUUUUUGGAUUUGUCGCAGUCGCUCGAACUCAGGAGCCCCCUUGUUGCCUUCAAGAUUUAUACAAUGUCAGGGAUUGUCGAUAACAGCUCAUCCUCUACCAAAAGAGCAGGACGACCCGUUUGAACUAACGAAAGAUGACAUAAGAACACUUUACGAUGAAAUCCAGGUCGAGCUGAGUCGCGACGGGGAGAACGAAAUGAAACAACUGUACGCCCUGUCCAGGUACUAUUUUGAUGGGCAAGGCAAAGCAAUUCGACCUGUGAUCGUCUGCUUAAUGGGGCGCGCAGCCAACAUGCAUCUGAAAAACGAACCUGAACUUAUUCCUGGUCAGCGAACAAUUAUGCUAAUCACGGAAAUGAUUCACACAGCAUCUCUGCUACAUGACGACGUGAUCGACGGUUCAGACACCCGUCGUGGGAAGCCCUCAACCACGCCCCUCUGGGGCCAAAAGAAAUCCAUCCUCGGAGGCGAUUUUGUGCUCGCACGAUGCGCUGAAAUGCUCGCACAGAUUGGCUGCGUAAAGAACAACAACUACAUAUCACAAAUACUCGUCGAUCUGGUGUCCGGUGAAUUUAUGCAACUAGAAAAUACCGAGAUUAGUGAGCGAUUUCCUCACUAUAUUGAAAAGAGCUUUCUGAAAACGGCAUCCCUGCUAGCAUACACAUGCAAAGGUGUGGUCACGUUAGCAGGUUGUGAUGACCAGAUGGCUGAAGCCGCGUACCAGUACGGUAGGAAUCUUGGUAUCGCGUUCCAGCUCAUCGACGAUGUACUUGACUUUGUUGCGGAUCAGAGCCUUCUAGGAAAGCCGGCCGCAGCUGAUCUCAGAUUGGGCCUAUCUACGGGGCCUGUGCUGUUUGCCUGCCAGGAAUAUCCCCAGCUCAAUGAGCUCAUUGAGCGAAGAUUUUCCAAGGUGGGCGAUGUGGAUCGAGCCUUCGCAUUAGUGCAGCAAUCAAGCGGUCUGGCGAGGACCCGAGAGGUAGCCCAAGCUUACGCGAAUGCCGCAGUGGCAGCUAUACAGGAUUGGGUUGAUUCGCCUUUCAAACGUGGCCUUAUCACGCUCACAGAUAGGAUUCUUGAAAGAAAUAAGUAACCUCAUUCCUUUAUUCUAAACUUCGUCUAUCUGAAAUCUUCUUUGUAAACAAAACCUUUCUAUUUUUGGUAUAGCCACUGGAAUGGCGACUGUGAUGCCGUUAGUCAAAGAUUCCUGACAAAAUGUAAUAAACAAGCAAUCCAGUAGUUCUAGGGGCUAGAGUCAAUAGAUAGGCAUAAUUACAUAGGAUGUUCGCUGUGUGUAGAACCACUGCAUCUGCAAAUAGACAUUUACCCAGAGGACCUAAACUAAGCUGCAAGUUAAUACGUGAUGGGGAUAAUUUACGUACUGGUACGAACCAAUCGUGUGACGCGAUACGGGUAGUUGAUGCUCAAUUUUUUUCUUACUGUUUAACAACUAAGAGAUGGCUACCAGAUGCUCUGAGUCCGCAAGCUACAGACGAAUGCAGAACAAUAUUUACUAGUAAAAAAAGGGGAAGGGCAGUGUUUAUAGCAAUAUGGACUCAGUAUUUAGUUGAGAAGAUACAAAAUCUGCAAAAAAAAGUGGAGUCCGAGUAUCUAUCUACUCAUUGUGUCGAUGCAUUCACCCAUUUGAGAGGAUGCCGUAGAACUACGCAGUUUAGUUUAAACACACUUUCUACUUUGUUGGUUACACAGGCACAUACAGGCAUGACGUUAUCGAUAAACAGAUACACACACAGCAAACAGAGCCCACCCAACCGAAUGCCAGCAGCUGAUUACAGUCAGCUAUUCUUGCGAUGCCCGGGCUCCCGUUAUGGGCCAAAUCAGAGCCCGCGGCCAACGAAAAAAAAGGCCAUUCCGUAAUCGCUGUAGGGAUACGGCGGUUACGUUGAAGGCGAGUGUUCUUGCAAACUGCUCAAUAGUUGUAGAAUAGCAGUCGAAGAUGGUGAUGAAAGAGACGAAGACAGGAAAGCAACGGCAAGAGUCUCACACGCGAAAUUCGACCCUUCCAACUGAUGCAUCGAUGACUUUUGGCAGGGCUUAGCGUACCGGGCCCGCGUCAAACCGGCAUCGCUGCUGCUGUUUGUGCGUCGAUUGAUCAUCACUUCCAGAUUCCUAUAGCCACUCUGACGGCGACUCCGUUUGGCUACGGCAACGGCUUCUUCACUGUCCCUUUUCAUAGCCAAACACUUGAACGUCGCUGGUGUUGUUACCCGACGGAUUCCAACUGUUUGUUGUUUGGCCCUCGUGCCAUCAAGCCCGAAUAGCAGUUGUGAUGACAGUUAUAACGGUGAUUUGUUAGGGCAGUGCCGCUACCGCUACGCUGAUUAUGAUAGUGGUGCUGGGCGUAGUAAUAGUCGAAGUUCCAUCGCGUUACACAGUGGGGUUACAUUCCCGCCGAAUGAAAGACGGAGACGAGCUAGAGAAAAUUGACGCUGUAGCUUUGCUAGGCUGGCUCAGUGAUUCCAUGUUGAAGCGAUUGAAGAAACGGGGCUUGAACGACACCAAAAAUACAAUCUAUGGCGACAACAGCAUUAAAAAAUAUGUAGAAACCUCUACAGUACCUGUACACCUAUUGCAGCGCGGAGUUGUCUCCACGGGCUUGCUGUUUAUCACGCGGGCUGCAAGUUUUGAUGGUUAGAGAUCAUGGCUAGAAGUUAACGUAGGAUAGCCUGUAGCAACAAGAGCCUGCUGCUGCUGCUGUUGGCCUAUCAUGAGGUUGCUAUCUUUUGAAAGUGAUGGUCUCGUGAAAAAAAGAAACUAGAAAUGGAAGGUGAGCAUGAUCUGUUCUAGCAACAACAAAUGUGGUGAGGUCAUCUAAUUGCGACAGUUGCCUGUUAUAGUGGCCUAUUAGUAGAAGUAAUAGUUCAGGUUGGAGUUAUCUCGCUUUACUACUAAAACAUACGGGUACGUGUGGUCUUUUAACAAUCUUUUCGGUAAGAUUAUUUAUGUUCAACAUUUAAUUCGGUUCUUCGCCAACCUACUCAAUUUGCCGUUAUAUCUCAGAUGCUCCCAGACAAACAGAACAGGACCAGUAUAGUCCGCAGGACGGCUUCAUAGCUGUUAGUGGACGCCUCAUCUCGUAGGAGAUGGUAAGAUAUAGACGGCAUUAAAGUAAUACGCAAUGAACAUGUACCGAAAUUCCUAAAAAUGUAUCGAAUAUAAAAUCUAUCAUUGUAUCACCUCCGCUUGUGCUGCUAGCGAUAAUCUGGCUGUCAAUGGCCCUACGCAAUCGACCGGCUAAGGUAUGGUGUAAAAACAGUUACCGUGUUAUUGUUGUUGCCGAUUGCAUCGUGCCAUGGGGCAUUAAAUUAUGCGAUAAGCGAGUGCUCGUCGGUCAGUUUGUCGCCAUAGCUAAACUAACAGAAACAUAAUGACGUUCGGUAGCUGAGUAUAAAACCGACAGGGAAUGAUUUGACAGAAGUGGUUUAACGCCAAAAGAGUCGUCGAACGGAAGGUUAGAAAUUGAGUAAAAAAGCUUUCAGAUGAAAGACGGCAAUUAAGAUGCAGCCAGCGAGCCCUAAAAAUCCGCUGAAAAAGAAUCAGAAAGCACUAAUCAAGGUAAGUUACUAAAUUGUUAGCAUGAUUAUAUAUAAAAAGUACAUCGAUUAAUGAAUCAGCUUAAAGACAUGGCUAAUACUAGAUAAGUCCCAUUCGUAUUUAUACCUAAUGUAUACAGAGGUCUGUUAAACAGUACUUCUUCAUAACCGGGACUAUUUAAUAAUCAAUUAGAGAAAAAUAAAAAAUCACAGUACCUAUUGAAACAUAAAAGAGGAUACUUUUCGCCGUGCUUAUAGCUGUUGUUGAAAAAAUUGAAAUUAUGAUACCUUCAAAAAGUGUAAAUAAGCACCUGUCAUCAGAUCGACCAUCUUUGUCAUGACGACAAACCGAUUCUACGCAUUGUUUAUAUUGAUACAGAACGAAGCAGUGGAAAUGACGAAUGGAAAACGAAUGAAUUUGUAGAUUUUCGAAAGAACUGGCUUCUUUUAAAAAGAAAAUUUCGCGUUUUCUUUUUUUAAGAAUAAAGAAUUCGGAUAAACUUAACAAGUGUGCGACCGCAUAACAUGAUUACGCUACACAGACGUAAAUACCGCUUAUCAAACACUCAAAAUACUUUCUAACUGUAUGUUUCCUAAGCGAAUUAAUCAUCAUUCCUUCGAUUACCAUUGUGCUGCUAUAUAGAUGCGACUCCGAGACCCGAUGAAGGCAAAAAGCGCCAUCAAUUUAUUUUUCGGAGAACUACUUCUAGCUUUGCAGCCAGCUGAAGUUUUUAGAAAAAAAACAUGAUGACGUAGAACUUAUCCCGGUUGGUUACAAAAGCUAGAAUUGAUAAUGUUUUGACAUGACAAAGACAACUUGAAUCGACCCGUUACGUCUGCUGUUCGACGACUUCACCGAUGGCGUCGCUAUGGAACCGCAUCACAUCAAAUCACAUAAUCUUCAAACGACAUAAAGAUAGAUGUUUUCUAAGCUUUGCCUCGGGUCUUGAUAUGAAAUGCUGAGCGCCGUCUUAGAUGAAAAACGUGCCGAGCUUAUAUCUAUUUUGAACGGAAUGUGCACGGGCGAAUUUUUUAAGUGGCAAAAGUAGCAGUAUUUAGCUAGACUGACGAUAAUGGUGUGCUUUAAGUUGAAGAAUCAGGUCGCUUCAUAGCUGAUUAACAGUGGGACCAGCAGAAGCCCGAAAUUUCAUACUGAGUGUCGUUGGCCUAACAAAUAAUUUUGACCCGAAUCCGAAAUAGCAAUGGGUGUGAGUUUUUGUGUAUCUAACCCUCUGACAAUGACCCACAAAACGGAUAUGCUGCGCAAACAUUCAAGCUAGCAGAAAGAAACGACCCGAAGGCAGUGAACCCUAACCUAUGCUUGCAUAGACCGAAGGUCCAUUGGCGUCAGGGCAGUUGUGGUCGGCUGAAUAAAACGGAUGGAUAAUUGCUCCGGGCGUUUCAGGGCCGCAGGUUGUUAUUCAAUGGGUCUAGCCUACACAAUCUGAUUACUACACGGCAUUUCAAAGCCUCCGAAUUCUUUAUUAAUAUACGCGUCGUACCGCUGAUUCAGCCCGCUAGGUUCAUGCCACCAACAGCUGCCGCCGUAAACACUCACAACUUACAUAAAUUGCAUUACGAAUACGAAUGAUCAGAAGCGUUUAGCUUGGACUUGUGUAAAAUCUAACAAAAAAACUAGAGAAAUGAAACAAAAAUAACUAUUAACUUACCAUGGUGUCGGAAACGUGUAAUGCCAUGGCACCGUGGCAGUAUGGUGGCAAUUAAACAUGUCUCUGUGUCUAAAGGGCGUGUUUUUGCUACAAGUUGUUUAGGAUACAGAAGUUUCAAUCGUAGAAUUUUGCGUAAAAAAAAUCAAAAGUGAUCUGUUGAGUUCGUUUAGCUAAGUAUACUACAUAGACAUACACAUGUAAAAACAUCAACUAAGCACUGAAAAACUUACAUAAUUGAAAAAAUGUGAAAAACCUUUUAAUUGUAAAAGAUAAUCAAAAUUACUACAACGUAUAUAUAAAAACUGCUCAAAAAAAGAAAAAAUUAAAAAAGCAGAAACUGAAUAAGAUAAUGGUGAUAAUAAUCAUGUUCGUAUGAUCCAAUGGUGAAAGAGGAGUUAUAAUAAAACGAUAUCUAAGCUAGAAACGUGCCAGUUUAUUAUUAAAGCACCAUAUUGAUGGUGCGGCAUAAAAUGGCACAUUGUUAAUUGGUAGCUGCAACCUUAGCUUCUGCAUCCGCCUCAAAAAAUACUCUACAUUUUAGGCGGGAAACGCAACAAUCGUCGAUCACUUCCCACGACGAAUCGUUGUUGCUGUUGUUGUUGUUGUUGGUUUUAUUGACUCCUCCUGAGAGAUGCUUCAUCUCCACAUCUUUGUUUUCUGUUCGUCAGAGUGCAAACGUCCCGCCAUAAAAAAAUAGCGUUCACUAGCCAAUGAAAAAAAGAAGAGGACAAUAAUAAUUUGGUGUGGACUGGGCACAUGAACUCGACAAAUCACAAAGUAAAACAAUCUAACUACUGUUGUUACUACUGUAAAUAUGAGUAAAUUAGAAUUGAUUGAACCCACUAAAAUAUAUCUGCUGAAUGAGAAAUAUAGGCAGAAAAAGUCAUGUAAGAACCAUGAAAAUAAAAAGUGGCGUUUUGUAAAAACUUG